GUUCAUCGCUACAGCGGGUCGCGCUCUGGCGGCGGUGUGUUGCGGGAAAAGUCGCGAGCGGAGGCUGCGGGACUCUCUCGCACGCGGCGGGAUUCGGAACGGAGAUCAAAGGAAGAAGAAGAGGAGAGUCUGAACUCCUCGCGCAGAACAGGAGCGCGAGCCGCAGAGGAGUCGCGCGUGGAGCGCAGUCGAUUUAGCCAGCCCGAGCCGCUUCAGCUAGCCGACCGUUGCCUAGCUACGAGCCCCGGAGAGCGAGCGCGGGGGACCGCGAGCCUGGCGCGACACCACCGCUGCCGCCAGUGAGCGCCUUCAGCGCUGAGGAAACUUCGGGAACGGCGCAGACUGCGUGGAGCCGCAGCGGCUGACUGGCAGAGCGGCACUCUGAGGUAGCUAGCGGGGAACGCCGCGGUGUGUUACUACUGCCCGAUAUCCAUCUGCUGUCGGCGAUACGACGAGGUCAGAAGAGUGGGAGUUUACCAGUAAAUCACACACUGUGGCCUGACAGGAGAAUCAAUGUUGGGAAGUCCUUUUCCUCCUCAGACAGCCUAGCGAAGGUUCAGGAGGUAGCAAGCUGGCUUUUGGAGAUGAACCAGGAUCUGCUGUCGGGGGGCAGCGGCAGCAGGGCGGCGCAGCAGCAGCAGCGGCCUCCAGCCCAGCCUGAUCCACACCCACACCACGUCAACCUGGAGGGACACCAACCCCGGGAGCCACGGCAACGGAGGAGGAGAGAGCGAGGGGAGGAGGUGGAGGAGGAGGAGGACGAGAGAGAUCAUUCUGGAGAGGUGGAAGAAGAGGGAGAAGAAGAAGAGCCGGAAGAACCAUGGCCUUCUGGGAGGAACCAGUCCGUGGGCGAGAAUGAGAGAGCGGAAGAAGGGAGAAGGAGGAGGGAGGAGGUGAACGGUGGAGAGAAAGGAGCCCAGUGGAUGUGGGAGCAAGAGCAAAGGCAGAGGAGACAAAGACGAAGACAACAGGAUGAAGAGGAAGAGGAGGAGGAGGAAGAGGAAGAGAACAAUAACAGUGGAGGAGAGGGACAUGUAGGAGUAGGUCCUCAGUCUGAGGAAGACCAUGGCCGGCCAGAAGAUGAGGACGGGGAAAGAGAAGCGGAGGAGGAGAUGGACCAGGAGAGUGACGAGUUUGAACCAUCAGAGGACAGUGGAAGGGAGGAGGAUGAGGAAGGAGAGGAGGAUGAAGGAGGUGAAGGUGGCCUCCAUUCUCCUUCAGUCAGGACCAGCGUGUCGGACCCUAAUGAUAACAUGGACCACCCCUCAGGACGACAGAACCAAAGCUCAUCCUCAUCUCAUCAGACACAUCCUCAGAUGAAGAGGAAGUUGGACCAUGGCUCCGAGGUUCGACCUUUCCCUUCAGGCAAAAAGCCCUGUCCAAGUCCGACGGGUUUGGUCCCGUACCCAUCCACCCCUACUACGUUUGGCGACCUGCGGGCGGCUAAUGGUCAGGGUCAGCAAAGACGCCGCAUCACCUCCAUACAGCCUCCCACCGGCCUGCAGGAGUGGCUCCGGACCUUCCAGAGCUGGAGUGGGCCGGAGAAACUACUGGCGUUGGACGAGUUGAUUGACAGCUGUGAGCCCACGCAGGUGAAGCACAUGAUGCAGGUGAUCGAACCGCAAUUCCAGCGAGAUUUCAUCUCCCUGCUGCCCAAAGAGUUGGCCUUGUACGUGUUGUCGUUUCUGGAGCCGAAGGAUUUGCUCCAGGCUGCACAAACGUGUCGAUACUGGCGCAUCCUUGCAGAAGAUAACCUCCUCUGGAGAGAAAAGUGCAGAGAAGAAGGUAUCGACGAGCCGUUGCAUGGUAAGAAGAGGAAAGUGGUGAAGCCCGGAUUCAGCCACAGUCCAUGGAAGAGUGCCUACAUCAGACAGCACAGAAUAGACACCAACUGGAGGAGAGGAGACCUCAAAUCGCCCAAGGUGUUGAAAGGGCAUGAUGACCACGUCAUCACCUGUCUACAGUUUUGUGGAAACCGCAUCGUCAGCGGAUCCGACGACAACACGCUGAAAGUCUGGUCUGCUUUUACGGGAAAGUGUUUGCGGACGUUAGUUGGUCACACUGGAGGCGUCUGGUCGUCUCAGAUGAGGGACAAUAUCAUCAUCAGUGGCUCCACAGAUCGAACUCUGAAGGUGUGGAACGCAGACACCGGAGACUGUAUCCACACGCUGUACGGACAUACCUCAACUGUGCGCUGCAUGCACCUCCAUGAGAAAAGGGUGGUUAGUGGGUCUCGUGAUGCGACGCUGCGCGUGUGGGAUAUAGAGACGGGUCAGUGUUUGCACGUUCUGAUGGGUCAUGUGGCAGCAGUGCGGUGUGUCCAAUAUGAUGGCCGGAGAGUGGUCAGCGGAGCAUACGACUUUAUGGUCAAAGUAUGGGACCCUGAGACCGAAACUUGCUUACAUACACUCCAGGGACACACCAACAGAGUCUACUCAUUACAGUUUGACGGUAUUCACGUGGUGAGUGGGUCUCUGGAUACAUCAAUCCGGGUUUGGGACGUGGAGACAGGGAACUGCAUCCACACGCUGACAGGUCAUCAGUCUCUGACCAGUGGGAUGGAGCUGAAGGACAACAUCCUGGUCUCGGGGAACGCCGACUCCACUGUCAAAAUCUGGGACAUCAAAACAGGCCAGUGUCUGCAGACCCUACAAGGUCCCCAUAAGCACCAGAGCGCGGUGACGUGUCUGCAGUUCAACAAGAACUUUGUGAUCACCAGUUCUGACGACGGUACGGUGAAGCUGUGGGAUCUGCGGACGGGCGAGUUCAUCCGGAACCUGGUGACGCUGGAGAGCGGUGGGAGCGGCGGAGUGGUCUGGAGGAUCCGUGCCUCUAACACCAAGCUGGUGUGCGCCGUGGGCAGCCGAAACGGCACGGAGGAGACCAAGCUACUGGUGCUGGACUUCGACGUGGACAUGAAAUGAGAACAUUUAUGGAUUAUCCAUCACCAUGCUGGCGAAGAGAGAAAAAAAAAUAUAUAGAUGAACCGGGAGGGGGAGGAGUCCAAAAAAACCUGAACUGGGCCUCCUUGCGCAGCUCUGCGGCAGGACCCAUCUCUCGCUCGCUCGCUGUAUCUCAUCCUCCUCCUCCACCUGCCGUGUCAUCGCUCGUGGGAUGCCCCCUUAGCAACCGUCGCCAUGGAGCGAGGUACGGUAGGGGGGUGGGGCCUCUGCAGCAGCACAGCAUUCUGGGAAAGGAAGGGCACAGACAAGGAGGAUGCUGGGUAAAACGGGGCGGAGCUGCAGCGGCCUUGCACAGAGACUUGGUGAAAUUCAAGCCUGAUGAUGUACAAACAUACAGCUUUUUUUUUUUCUUUCCUCUUUUUUGUUUUCUUGUUUUUUUGUUUUUUUUAUCUGAACAAACAGUCAACACUGUAUGCAUGGUGAGAGAGUGGAGCCUCAGUGGUGAAUGGGUGCAGUUUUAACAGGAAAAAAAAGCAGAACUGAUGAAAGAAGGGGUGAUUUAAAUGUGGGGAUUCAAACAAACAAAGGAAGCCAAUCUUAUCAGUCCUCAUCAAUAAGCAGGAGCCCACUCUUUUUGUUUUUUUGUUUUUUUACACUGUGUUAUUAUUGUUGGUAAUUUUUUUUCCCCACAUUUGUUUUUUGUUUUUCUUUUUUCAUGAGUUUGACACAACUGUGAAUUCAAAAAUUACUAUAUUUUUUUCCAUUUUCACAUUUUUUCAGUCCACUGUUGCCACUAGCAACAAGGCUCAGUAUUAAGCUAGAUCACAUUUUUUCUGUUGAUGCUGUUUUCUCUGGUUUUGUUUUUUUUUUUUUUGUUUUGUUUUUCUCUCUGUCAUGUUUUUUCCUCCUUUGCAGAAAGAUGAUGUGCCCUGCUGUCCUCAUGUGUCAAACCAGGCUGCUCACGUUGGCUCUCCUCAGUACUAGUGCUUCAUGGGAGAUGGGGACAUUUGUUAAUUUUUUUGUUUUCACCCAUUAUCCCCAUGGUUACCCCCCCCAAAAAAAAUCCUCCACCCCCCAGUGGCCAAACUGAACUUAAUGCUGCUAGACACAUAAAUGAUGAGGUGGAACUGUUGUGUUUUUUUGUUUUUUGUUUUUUU